CUUGUGACAUAACUAGUUACCCUGAAAACGGAUCAUAUUACUCGGAUGUGCUGGUUCAACGUGUCCGGAAUUAUAUAAUAAGCACAAGGAGCAACCAGUUCACUAGUUCAGAAGAUCUAAACCGUUGACCUACUGCAGGAAUAACGGUGCUGCGCGAGCUUCAGAGAAAGUGUCUUGAAUGGAAGACGUGGAACAGUGAAGCAAACAAGAAAAAAGAAAGUUUAACUUUUGCGUGGUUUUAUCUUUCGUGUCUCAUUGAGAAGAAAGUUUUUUUUUUAUCUUUCGUAAGUGUAGCUGAAAUUGUUAGUGGAUAAAGGUAACAAUGAGCAGUUGGCCGAAUAAUGUUGGAAUUUUGGCGCUGGAGGUAGUUUUUCCCUCGCAGUAUGUGGAUCAAACGGAACUAGAGGUGUUCGAUGGAGUUUCUGCGGGGAAAUAUACGAUCGGACUGGGUCAAAGUCGAAUGGGCUUUUGUUCGGAUCGCGAGGAUGUCAAUUCGUUGUGUCUGACCGUAGUUAACAACCUGUUGGAGCGUCAUAAUAUUCCCCAUUCGAAAAUCGGCUACCUAGAAGUCGGAACCGAAACCUUAGUGGAUAAGUCGAAGAGUGUGAAGUCAGUGCUGAUGCAAUUAUUCAAACCACACGCAGUCACGAACUUGGAAGGAAUUGAUACAACUAACGCAUGCUACGGUGGUACUGCAGCUUUGUUCCAUGCAUGGAACUGGGUCGAGUCUUCCAGCUGGGAUGGACGACUUGCAUUGGUUGUCUGUGCUGACAUUGCUGUGUAUGCCCAGGGAUCUGCCAGGCCUACUGGAGGUGCGGGAGCAAUAGCCAUGUUGGUCGGCCCCAAUGCCCCUCUAGUGUUGGAUCGCGGUCUUCGUUCGACAUUCAUGGACCACGCCUAUGACUUUUAUAAGCCGGAUCUCAGCUCCGAAUAUCCGGUGGUAGAUGGCAAGCUAUCGAUCCAAUGCUACUUGGGUGCGCUAGACAAUUGCUACCAAUUAUAUAGAAAAAAGUAUACUCAACAGAAUCCGAGAGCCAGUGUAAACCUGGACGUUUUCGAUGCCGUUAUUUUUCAUUCGCCUUACUGUAAGUUGGUCCAGAAAUCGCUUGCGCGUUUGGGCUUGAACGACUUUGUACUUACACCGGAAAAUGAACGUGCAUCAGCCUAUCCCGGGUUCGAGCAGUUCCAGAACGUGAAACUGGAAGAAACGUACUUCGAUCGUGAUGUGGAGAAAGCUUUCAUGACCCAUUAUGCUCCAGUAUUCAAUGCCAAGACGAAAAAAUCGCUACACUUGGCUAAUCAAGUCGGCAAUAUGUACACUCCAUCUGUGUACAGCGGUUUGGUUUCCCUGCUGAUUAACAGUGAACUGUCUGAGCUGGCUGGCAAAAGAAUAGGAGUCUUUUCAUAUGGCUCUGGAUUGGCUUCUUCGAUGUAUUCUAUAUCGAUAACAAAGGAUAGCCACGCUUUGGCCGAAUUCAAGACUCAUCUAAAUUAUGUCCAUCCCCUGCUGGAUUCCCGACAGAAGGUGGCCCCGGAAGAAUUUACCAAGCUUAUGGAGAUUCGCGAAAAGAACAACCACGCGGCACCUUACGAACCAUCCGGAAGCGUGGAAGUACUCUUCCCUGGAACCUUCUAUCUCCAAUCGGUUGAUAAGAUGCACCGACGUGUGUACGAGAAGGCUCCGCCGAAACCUGCUCAAACGACGAACUGUACUUCCUAGUGACCUUCAUCGAGGAACUUCGAGCGAUCCAUAAAGAACGUCAGAUCGGGUUUUCCUCACGUUUUGGGCUCUAAGAUUAAAGUUAUUUAUUCUCUGUGAAGGUCUAAUUUUACGUUUUGGCUUCUUGUACUAUAAU